GUUUUAGCUGCUAGUGUUGACAAUGACAGUUUUUUUAGCCUUUGGUAUUUUUGGUUAUUUUAGUCUUGUCUUUGCAUGGUUGUGUUCGUGGGGAUGGACUGAAUGGUACCAUUGAUUCAGACUUCAGUCAGGCAAGUUAGUUUACCGCAGCUGCUGUAGUCUACUGCCGGCCCUGGGCAUGGCGUGAGACUCUGAUCUGGCUCUGAUCGAAGAUUAUUCUGUCUUCAGUAACUUACUUGACACUAGAACUAAAAGACCAGCUCAGGGAUGGAAUCGAGGACUGAAGCAGUCUCCCUGUGACGAGGGCCUAGGGAACAGCAGUUUGUGAAGAUGAGCCGCCGACUAUGCGAUCGCUGUAGUGUACGGCAAAUGUUGACUGCAGUUGCGCUGGUGGCGUUUAUGGUGUUCCUGCCUGCAGCAUUUCUCAUGCAAACUCUCAUCUCCUCGUCAGGAACGAGCCGCCGCCGGCCAGGCGGCGGGUUGGAUUCGAGUUCGAACGAUCCAGAUCGCUGGAGAUGGGGCUCGGACCGUGUUCCGGAUUUGGAGGAUGGAGGCGAGACUGCUGUGUCGACGGAGGAGAAGAAGCGCUACCAGGAUGAAGUGGACGAGCUGCGAGUUAUAGCCAAGUCUUUGCGUGAUGAGAUCAAUGCCAUGCACACUUCUUGGCAAAAUCACGCUGGCAACGUGCAGAUUGCGGCGGCCGGGAAAGGAAAAAUGGCAGAACGACAAGCACGCCCAAAGCUGUCCUUGCGUGACGCAGCCGCCAAGGCAGAGGCCAUCCCGGACGGAAGCGACUCCGAAUUUGACAUGCGCUGCCCGCGACCAGUGGACGACUUUCUAAUGCCGCUAUCGCCAGUAAACAUGAAAAGUCAGGCACCGGACGCGCCCAAGAUAAUGCCGCGUCCAGAAUCACUCGCUGCCUACCCUGUUCCCAAAUAUGGCAGCAGCGGCGGCAGCCGUGUGCGAUCCUGCACGGUGAGCUCAUGCAUGGACCUUGGACGUUGCUCGCUUAGUCGACCAUUCUCUGCGUUUCUGUACGACGAGACUUUGCCAGAUGGCGGUGAGAAAUCCGUUGCGGGUGAGGCAGUUCGCCGGGCACAUGCUGGUAUUCGUCUUGGCUUGGCGCAGAGCGGGUACACAGCGCACAGUGCUGACGAUGCAUGCAUACUGAUUGUGAUCGUGACGACGUCUGACACCGGGUCCGACCGCAGCAAGCUGACGAGAUUCCUGCUUAGCCUCAAGCACUGGCGCGGUGACGGUCGAAAUCACUUGAUCAUCGAUGCGGCAUCCGGGCAGUUACACAAAGACGAUGAUGGUCAACUGUUAGACUUCGACUACGGUAAUGCCAUUCUUUCAUCCAUGCACAGAGCGUUUAAUCAGCACCGGCACAGCUUUGACGUUUUCAUGCCGCCACUUGAGCCGGAGAGCGUCAUGUCUGACGGCAAAGCGAAGGAUGGUAAGCUUUACCACUACACACUACUACCCACUUACCGGCCGGCGCUGCUCUCGUUCUCUGCGGCUGAGCACAGCCAGGGACGUGACAAGGCGCCGGGCGACGGCGCAAUCCUGGGACACUACGUCUCGUCGCGCGAUCUGUCCGCCCUGAAGCAGCGGGGUGGUGCUGAGUUUGUGUUUCAGUUGGACUGCGUCGUUGCUCCUGGUCGUGGUGAAAGUCGUGCCGGCUCUCUGCUACCAGGGUACUACUUGUGCGGAAGCCGAGCUGACCAGGACAAACUAGUUGCACAGUCCACGUUCACUUUGGUUGUUGAACCACUCGCGGCCAGUGCUAUUCAGCUAAGAGAGUUUGUCAGCCAGCUGCUAGCGUGCUUUCGUCUUGGCUCAGUACCUGUUGUUCUUCGGACCUAUGUCUACAUGUUUCCCUUUGAAGAAGUUCUGGACUGGGCGAAAGCGGCAGUUGUGCUCCCGGCUGCGCGGGUCGCCGAGGUGAAUUUUGUUCUUCAGCAUGUUUAUGAAGAUGACAUUCUGGCAAUGCGCCGACAAGGCCACUUCUUGUGGACCACAUACCUCUCAAGCGCCUCGACAAUCACUGAGACCGUUAUUAACAUUGUACGACGCCGUACAGGUCUUCCCGCUAAGGUACUGGCAACCGUUUCACUGCAGACACACCACAAGAGUGCCAUCCCAUCCCAGUACAGUCCACUCCCCUCGCCUACGUUUCGGCAAAACUUCACGUACGAGUCCCUGGAGCGUUGGAACAAGCCACCAGGUGCCAUGUUCCUGCCACCCAUGUCACCCUACGUGGAGCAUAAACCUUCGGGCUGGGAAUACAUUCGCCGCAAAGGCGACGCGCGUAAGCUGCACCCUGUCGUGGAGAACGGCGGUGCUCUGUGGGGCGAAGCGUUUCAAAACUACCUUGCUGGAACACAUGAGCCUGAGCGCUUCACGGUGGUGCUGCUGACGUAUCGGCGCGAGCUGGUUCUGUACAAUGCCCUUCAGCGGUUGGUUAAUCUGCCGCGUCUGGACAAGGUGAUAGUGGUGUGGAACGAUGAUCAAAACGGUCCCAGUGAGGAAGUGUCUUGGCCUGAACUGCAAGUGCCAUUAGAGGUGGUCAAGGUGAAGCGUAACUCUCUCAACAAUCGCUUUCUGCCGCUGGACAACAUUCAGACGGCCGCAGUCCUUUCCCUGGACGACGACACACAAUUACGGCACGAAGAAAUUGACUUUGCUUUUCGUGCUUGGCGUGAGAAUCGGCACCGUUUGGUUGGGUUCCCGGGCCGCUUCCACAGCUGGGACAGCAGGCACGGUGGGUGGUCUUACAACGCAAACUAUUCGUGCGAGCUCAGCAUGGUCUUGACGGGCGCAGCUUUUGUGCACAAGUUCUAUUUCCACCUGUAUUCACACUUCAUGGACGAGCGUAUCCGCGAACACGUUGACAAGGUGAUGAAUUGCGAGGACAUUGCCAUGAACAUGCUCGUCUCGCACUUGACACAGCAGCCACCGAUCAAGGUCACUCUACGCUGGACGUUCCACUGCUCUGGUUGUACGGACGCACUGUCCGACAAUACGGAGCACUUCAACGAGCGCCACCAGUGCAUGAACAUCUUCUCCGACGUCUAUGGCUACAUGCCACUGAUCAAGACGCAAACUCGCAUCGACUCGGUGCUCUUCAAGACUCGUGUGCCACACAACAGGGGCAAGUGCUACACAUUUGUGUGAUGCGCAUGCGCCGGUUAUGUCAUGAUUACAUCAUCGGCAGUGUCGCCCUCAGCGAUUGGAUCCUCUGGAUGCUGCGCAAUGGUGGAUCUCUGCCCCAGCGCAUGGUAUGCCACCGUUGCAGAUCCUCACAUUCUCAGUUUCGUUCGGGUGGUUUAUUGAUGACGUCAUCGUCAUGACAAGAUGCUCGGAAAGCUGCAACACAACAGUGCAGUACGCUUCGUAGCAGAUCCUCACAUGACCUGGAGAUGCUGGUAUGACGUAACGGUGUCAUCACUCUCUAUACUCACCCGGGAUAUCCGGAGUGGAUGCAGUUCAUCAUGCACUGAUUUACAGCCACACCCAUAGCAGAAGUGGCAGCACAACGGAAGUGCAAGCCAACGGGCCCCCAAAGAUACACGCUCAGCCUUGGUGGUACCUGAAACGGAGUUAGGAUUUUGCUUGAGAUGCAAUUGCAGUGGGAGUAAAGCCGUCGAUGGCGUGGAGGUGUUUGGAAGCAUGAGAAACUCUGCAUCCUGGCCGUCAGUGCUGCUUCUGCUGUUUGUCCGUCUCAACUGGAGAGGGCAUAGUCAUCGGCCUCUGCACUUUUGCAAGCACACAGGUCAGCCGGCGUCACGUAUGAUGUACACGAGGCCAGCUAUAGUCCACGUGCGCGCCACAGCAUGUUUUUUUGCGUGCGUGUGAGCAAGCGCACGUGUGUGUGUUUGUUUGUUCAUACAUGUGUGUGAAAGUCACUUCUUCAAUGGGUACAUUGUCAGUACCAGUACAUGCACUUAAACUUGAUAAAAUCAAGACUACAUAAUAGUCGUGUUCGAGCCUGCAUAGCGUGUGGAUGUUCAGAUUACUGAUGUUCUGAUACUAUUCAUUUGAAGUGACAUGAUGGUAUGCCUAAUCCGCAUUACAGACUUGGUACAAUAUAGUCAAGCAAGAACGAGCCAUACAUGUCA